GCGCGGCAUUAAAAGUCUGUUCUAGGCAGCAUAAAUCACAAGGAUUUGAGGUGAAAUUGUUUAUUCAGUUCUUUUGCGGUGUUCUACGGAUGAUUCUAAUAAUACCCCGACUCGGUCAUCCCUGCGAUAACGAAUAUUGCCUUGCUUUUUACUCGCCCAUGCCCGAUGUGUCGUCAUUGUGCAGUGGGAUAAUAGUUAUUAUCAGGGAAUAAGAUUCAUCUUGACUUGCUGUCCAAGUCCUCAAAAUCUAAUAGUGAAGAGUCGACUCAUAUCCUGGCUAUUCUAGCCGGAGACGAAGGAGUUUGUUAUCAAUUGUCGGAGUGUAUUUUGCAGGGAUACUGAGGAACAUGGCCGCGGUGAGUUUGACAAAGAUGACUUGACCAAACGGUUUCGUCAGCAGCAACUCAAGCCUAGGUACAAAUAAGCAGUUAACUCGAGAACCAGACGCUCGUCUGUAAAACAAGCGUGGUUCAAUACAAGUUUACUCAGAUUGAGCCGCAGCGAAUUGGUUUAACUUUGACCACGUCUCAUUCCUUGAGAUAUAACAAGGCCCGUCGUGGAGCUAAGACAGAAGAUAUCAAAGCAUUAGUUGGAUGAGAGUUUAUUAGAAACAGUAAACUCAUACAAACAGCAUUGAUCUAUGCAAUCAAUCACCAGUAGCAAAUUCAAGUGGCCCUUAUCCACCAGAUGCUCCGUUCAUCUCCAGCUUCAAGCGUCUUGGCCUGCAUUUCGUCCCCGCCAAACAAGCUCCAGACCGAUCUCUCAUCCAUGAUGAUGGUAUCACCAGCGGAAGAACAAAACAUCCGCCCAGGAACAAUUAAACAAUCUGAUUCAAUUCAGUUUAGCCAGCAACUGAUCGUCCAAUCCCCUGUCCUCUGACGCGCAGCUUACAGUAGUGAGCUUCCCGGUUGCGGGGUAGCAACCACCCAAGGUGGCAUGCUCACUAAACAGGUGAGCGGCCCAAGCCAACCACGCCCGACGAAACAUCCAAUGCGCAUAAACAUGGCAUUGCGCUGCCGCAUCAACGGCCCAUUUCUGAGACCUUAGCUUGAGAUUGUUGGAGUAGAUAAACUCAAGACCGCCGCAUCCGUUUCUUCUGAGACCUGUUUACCUUUUUCUUCUCCAAACUUUGUCGCAACCACUUACACCAGUACUUACUACACUUACACACAUUGCUCUGAACUUGACUACCCUGUUUACCAAGCUUACACUUAUACUAUACCAUCAUGGCCGACACUGAGCAGCAGCCCAAGCUCGUUGACGAGUCUCCCAUCUCUCCCGUAGAACGACGAAACUCCCUGGAAGCUCACCUCAAACACCGCCCCGAACGCUCCGAGCUCGUAGAGAAGAACAUCCUCCCAGCCUCUACGGCAGCGCCAGGCCUCCAGGCGCAUCAGAAAGAGCUCGAGAAGCACAUGCUCGAGGAUAAGCUUAACGACAAGAUCUCACACCGUCCAGACCCAGAGGCUCUUAUUAAGGAGGGCGUCUUGCACGACGACCCGCGUACUGUUGCCCAGGACGAAGCAGCCAAAAAGUACGAAGAGGCCAUCGAGGACGAGUAUGCCAAGCGUGAGGGUGGCGCUUGAGCAUGAUGUCAUGCGACGGGGUCAUGAUGCCAGAAAUGGAAAUUUUUUUUGGUAACGAAAUGAUUUGACUGGACUGUGAAUGGAUGGUUGUGUAUACAAUUGAUAUGAAAUGAAUGGGCGCUAUUAAGCCUGGCUUGGGCAGUGGUAAUUGCUAUAGUAUAUCGACACUGUAAAAUCCCGAAAUGCCCAAAGCCUCAUACGACUGUGCACUAACACGAAGCUUGGGGUGUGAGGAUACAACGCUGACUGUUGUCCACACACCAUUUGGGCAGAGACAAAGCCAUUGAUCCGCAGAAAGUGGGAAUUCCAUCUCAUCUUUUUACAGUCUAAGCCAUUUUAAUGGAAAAUUCCAACGUGGAGAAACUCUUCAAACACUUCCAAAGUGGAGGAGACACUGCAUAUCAGAAGCUCUAAAGCACCCCUGCCACGGGUUGGGCUGCAGGUACCGAGCGGGAGGGAACCCAAGGACCCGAUCCACUCGCAGAGACCCAACCCAACCCGUCACACCAUCAGUAAAUUUUUGUGUCUUGGACCCUUUUUUGAAAUUUCCAAAAAUCAAGGAAAAAGCACAGAUGAAAUUAGAAAGGAGCUGAAACAGCUGAAUGGUGUGUUGGAAAUUUUCUUCCAUGGUCUCCAAUUUAGGUCGCUAUAAUCGGACCAGUCCGGCGGGCCGUCUCACAUCUCAUCCAGCCAUCUCGACUUGUAAGAGGUCAAGACGGGAGAUUUGGCCCUUCUAAAAAGUUCAGCGCGGACCGCAAGGUGUCCGACGCUCGAAUAGUAAAAGUACAAAGAAUGAUACAAGCAGAAAGAAAGGGAAAAGAAAAACAGUCUCGGCUCAAUCCAACCCGUCUCAGUGUCUAUCAAUCUUGGUUAUCGU